GAGUUCAUCGAGGAGGUUUCCAAAGAUCACUGCAAAUUCGACAUGGCUGUACCUGCCAUCGUUCGACCACUUCAGGUUGAUUCAAGUCCAAAGAUCUCCCUUGAGAACACAAUUGGCACCGAGGUAGCUUUUUAUCCUGCUUCAUAUCUGAUUAUAUUUGAGUGA